UCACAUCCAUUCAGCAAUUUACUGAUGUCCCACUUUAAUCUAAUCGUUGUUAUUGACUAGUUUCUACUCUCGGUAUCGUAAAUUGUUGAAACGGAAAGACAAAGUAAACUUUAAAUGAAUAUUUGAGCAGUAAUGUCUAAAGAACAACAGCCUCAUUGGUCAGACGUUUUAAAAAGGAGGUUAGCAAACUCCAAAAGAGACGAGAGAAGCGACGAGGAAAAGAAAGCAGAAGAAACAGAGCUGUUCACUAAAUAUUACACGGAGUGGAGAGGAGGAGGCGACAGAGACCAGUCCUACAGAAACAUCCCACGAUUCUACUACAGGCUACCAGCAGAGGAUGAAACUUUGCUGCAGAAGCUGAGAGAGGAAUCCAGAGCUGUCUUCCUCCAGAGAAAGAGCAGAGAGCUGCUGGAUAAUGAGGAGCUGCAGAAUCUUUGGUUUCUGCUCGACAAGCACCAGGUUCCUCCAGUGAGCGGAGAAGAGGCCAUGAUCAGCUAUGAAGCCUUUCUGCAAGUGGGAGAGAAGGCUGGGACAAAGUGCAGUAAGUUCUUCACAGCCAGAGUGUAUGCCAAGCUGCUCCACAGCGACCCCUAUGGCAGGAUCUCCAUCAUGCAGUUCUUCAACUACGUCAUGAGGAAAGUAUGGCUCCAUCAGACCAGGAUCGGUCUGAGUCUGUAUGACGUCGCGGGACAGGGGCACCUCAGAGAGUCGGAUUUGGAGAACUACAUCCUGGAGCUAAUCCCCACUUUGCCACAACUGGACGGACUUGAGAAGUCCUUCUACUCGUUCUACGUCUGCACGGCUGUUCGCAAGUUCUUUUUCUUCCUCGACCCUCUCAGGACAGGAAAGAUCAAAAUCCAGGAUAUAUUGGCCUGCAGUUUCCUGGAUGAUUUAUUGGAGCUAAGAGAUGAAGAGCUGUCCAAAGAGAGUCAGGAGUCCAACUGGUUCUCAGCCCCCUCGGCUCUCAGAGUCUACGGUCAGUAUCUGAACCUGGAUAAGGAUCACAACGGCAUGCUGAGCAAAGAAGAGCUCUCACGCUACGGCACGGCCACACUCACCUCCGUCUUCCUGGACAGAGUGUUUCAGGAGUGCCUCACCUAUGAUGGAGAAAUGGACUACAAGACCUAUCUAGACUUUGUGCUGGCGUUGGAAAACAGGAAGGAGCCGGCAGCGUUACAGUACAUUUUUAAACUUCUGGACAUGGAGAAUCAAGGAUACCUGAACGUCUUCUCACUCAACUAUUUCUUCAGGGCCAUUCAGGAGCAGAUGAAAAUCCACGGUCAGGAGCCUGUCUCCUUCGAGGAUGUUAAGGAUGAGAUCUACGACAUGGUGAAACCUAAAGACCCAUAUAAGAUCACUCUGCAGGACUUGGUAAACAGUUGCCAGGGCGAUACCGUUACCAGCAUCUUGAUCGACCUCAACGGCUUCUGGACCUAUGAGAACAGAGAAGUGCUGGUCGCUAACGACAACGACAGCGGCAGCACAGCAGACCUCGAUGACACCUGAAGAUUUGAACACAGAUUUGAACACACUCAACACAAGAAGGUCACAGUUUCAAUCCCACCCUGAAAUCCCAGAGUCCUGUUGCCAAAAUGACUGGUUAAUAUUGUCCUAGAUGUCUACUAUUUAAAUAACUGAAGGAAGUGAAUCUAAUGAGGAAAUGAGCUGGUUUGAAGUCAGACACAGUGCUUAUUGUAAAUCUUUUUAUUGUUUUGUCCUGUUUUUUUUUUCCUGCCAAGAAAGGAAACAUUCUUGUCAUUAAGCUAUUUAAUUAAAGGUUUCCUUUUCUUACA